CAGUUGUGGCUGCAGAUGCGGACGCACAGGCCUGAUUGCUGCCUGGGAACACUGUUGUUCACUAGAUGGGUGUGUGUGCGUGUGUUUGAGUGUGUGUUGGGCGCUGUAUUGGGCGCCGCGGGGCCUGCGGAUGGAUCCCUCCCGGCCUGGAGGCGCAGAUUCGCCGGCGAGCUGCAGCCGGCUGACAGAGGCCGGGCUGGCUGACACAAGGUGACUGAACCGGCGCUCCUGAGCUGUGCUGAGCCGUUUGCAGACCAAAGAUGGAUCAGCUAUCAGACGAGGAGGUGGAGGUGAGGGGGGAGGAGGAUGAGGAAGAGGAGGACAGCGAUAAGGAGGACCAGGACCUGGAUAAAAUGUUUGGAGCCUGGCUGGGAGAGCUGGACAAGCUCACACAAAGCUUGGAUGAUGGCCGUCCAGAAUGCCCCCCCCAGCAGAAAGCCCCCCUCAGGCAGGAGACCAACAUGGCAAACUUCUCCUACAGAUUCUCCAUCUACAACAUCAACGAGGCCCUGAAUCAGGGGGAGAACGUUGACCUGAAUGCCCUCAUGGCCGACCUGUCCUCCAUUGAGCAAGAGCUCAGCACCAUCAACACCAAGUCCAGCAGCAGCAGCAGCAGCAUGGCCCGGCUGGGACUCACAGACACCAAGGUGCGGCAGAAGCCUCCUGCUGGGCGCAGCAGCAGACAGCAGUCAGCAGGGGGCAGCGGCGGCGUUGGGAACAGCGUGUCGGGUGGGGGCGGCAGCAGCGGGGCGAGCAGCAGCAGCAGCAGCACCAGGGCGUCUCCAGCCGGCACCAUCAGAUCACCGAGCGGGCAGCAGGGCCGGCCGCCGCUGGCCUCCAACUUCAGUCUGGACGACAUCACGGCUCAGCUAGAGAAGGCGUCUCUCAGCAUGGAUGAAGCUGCACGGCAGACCUCCUCCCACUCUCUUAGCUCCGCCUCCUCCUACACGUCAGCCUCGGUGCGACGGCCAGGGUCUUCUCAGCGCCAGCACCGACGCACCGGGUCAGUGGGAACGGUCAGCGAGCACGAGGUGCGGUCGUUCGUCCACUCCUCCCGCUCCUCCGUCACCUCGGCGUCCGGCAUCUCUGUCAACUCUGCGUCCUCCAUGGAUUCGCUGGACAGCGUCCUCCGCUCCGAGUCCGACGGCCCGCAGCCCUCAGAGGGAUCGGGUCAGGCGCAUCCCAACACAGAGCACUCCUAUCUGGACAGGGAAACCUCUCUGAUUCUGAGAAACAUUGCUGGAAAGCCCCCCCACCUGCUGACCAAGGAGGAGCAGGCUGCCAAGUUAAAGGCGGAGAAUAUCCGGGUGGCUUUGGAGAAGAUCAAGGAGGCACAGGUGAAGAAGCUGGUCAUCCGUGUUCAUCUGUCAGACGAGAGCUCAAAGACCAUGAUGGUGGACGAGAGACAGACGGUCAGACAGGUUCUGGACAGUCUGCUGGAUAAAUCUCACUGUGGUUACAGUCCAGACUGGUCCCUGGUGGAAACCAUCACAGAGCUGCAGAUGGAACGGAUCUUCGAGGACCACGAGAACCUGGUGGAGAACCUGCUGAACUGGACCAGAGACAGCCAGAACCGCCUCAUGUUCACCGAGCGCAUCGAGAAGUACGCCCUGUUCAAAAACCCACAGAACUACUUACUGGGGCGGAAGGAGACGUGCGAGAUGGCAGAGAGGAACAAAGAAGCUCUGCUAGAGGAGUGCUUCGGAGGCAGUUCGGUGUCUGUCCCUGAGAUGGAGGGAGUGCUGUGGCUGAAAGAGGACGGCAAAAAGUCAUGGAAGAAACGUUACUUUCUGCUCAGAGCAUCUGGGAUCUACUACGUCCCAAAGGGCAAGGCCAAGACGUCCAGGGACCUGGUGUGUUUCCUCCAGCUGGAUCACGUCAAUGUUUACCUGGGUCAUGACUACAAGAGCAAGUACAAGGCUCCUACUGACUUCUGCAUGGUGCUGAAGCACCCCCAGAUCCAGAAGAAGUCUCAGUAUAUAAAGUACCUGUGCUGUGAUGACAUCAGAACUCUCCAACAAUGGAUCAACAGUAUUCGCAUUGCAAAGUACGGGAAGCAGCUGUACAUCAACUUCCAGGAGGCCAUGAGGAGGACAGAGGCCGCCUACGAUUGGUCUUCCCUCUCUUCUUCUUCCAUCAAGUCCGGCUCCAGCUCUUCCAGCCUCCCAGAGUCGCAGUCCAACCACUCCAGCCAAUCAGACAGCGGCGUGUCAGAGCUGGCGUCAUCCGGACACACCCGCUCCCAGAGUGUGGUCAGCUCCAUCUUCUCCGACGCCUGGAGGAGAGGAACGCAAGGAGAGAUGAUGAAGAUGGACCCCAUCAGUAGGCCCAUCCCUGUCCAGAUCCCCAGCCUCUCCCCCCAGCCUCAGACUCCGCCUUCCCGGAGCAGCUACACCGAUGGGCUCGUCCCGUCCGAGGACUCCUCCUCCUCUCCAUCCCCGCCCUCGCCUCCUCCCCCCCCUCCACCCGCCGUGGCCAGUAUGGGCCACCAGGGGGCACCUCCUUCCUCCUACGUGAAGUACAGCACUCUGGCUCGCCUGCAGAGCCAAAACCAGGCUAGAACGCAGCAGGCGGCCGGCGCCGGUACCACCCCCCUUCCCUUGCAGAACUACAACACCCUCCCAGCUUCUUACGGCACCUCCCCGCCGUCGCCCCCUCCUCCUCCACCACCUGUGGCACCGGCCCCUGGCUCGGCCAUGGCUGCCCUAAAGUUCGGUCUGCCAAGCCCCAACUGUCUCCCGCCGCCGCCUCUGCCAGAGGAGGAGGCACUGGAGCCGCACAGCCUCCCACCCCCUCCUCCAGAGGGCCUGGAUGCCAACGGGCUGCCCCCUCCUCCCCCUCUGGAGCCCCUCCCCAACCCCUGCCCCCAGCUCUCCAACGCAGGCCUGCAGCAGUUCCUGUCACAGAAGUUCCCCAACAUGGUGUACGACUUCACCCCCGCAGCGCUGCAGGACGGUUCCCCCCCGCCCCCUCCACCUCCCACAGAACUCUCCCCCCCAGCAUCACUACAAGUCCUCCGGCCUCUGUCUCCCAAUGCCCCCCCACCCGCUCCUCCCAAAACCUUCUCCGGUGGAUUCCCUCCUCUGACCGCCCCAAAACCGUCUGGCCCUUCCUCCCUCCCCAUCGCCCUCUCCCCGGUGUCCCCCACCCAGCCGUUUUCUGGACACGGCCCUGUCAGGAAGCAGCAGAGCUUCUCAACGGGACACUCCCCGAAUCAGCCCCCUCCCACACUGCCCAAGCAGCAUAGCCUCUCCUCCAAGAACUUGGCCAUCUCUCCCUCCUCCUCCUCCUCGUCCGUCUCCAUCGCCGCGGCUACCUCCUCUUUGGUCAAACAGAUUGUCAAUCAGUUCCCAGGAAACACUUCCCCCCUGCCCCCCUCCAGCUCCGCUCCCCAGUCCCCUCCUGCAGUCAAGGCCAAACCAAAGUGGCAAAUCGGGGGCACCGCAGUGCCACAGUCACCUGAGUUCCCCCCGCCUCCCCCUGACAGCUCCUUAGGAGACUUUCCUCCUCCGCCCUCUUCCUCCUCCAAGUCGGGCUCCCCCAUCAAGAAGUCUCCCUCGACCUCCUCCACGGGGUCCACCAAGCGUGGGCCUCCCCCAACCCCACAGAGGGCCUCCUCCAUGAAAGACCCUCAAGAGGAGCGGCCCAAGAAGGUGGAGAGUCUGUUGAGUAAAUUUGGCCAGGCCCCCCAGACGGGAACAUCGUCGAGCUCCUCCUCAGCAACGGGAUCUCCUUCCAAAGACUCCACCUCCCUUCCAGCGCCGCUCCCCAAGCCGGGGAAGCUGAACCUGGCCAACCUGCCUCUGGUCAUCCAGGGCCUGCAGAGCGGCCAGCAGCAUCAGCCUGACUUCCCUUCGCCUCCUCCCCCGCCUCCUCCCUCCCAGCAUCCUCACCUGGACUCAUCAGCCGACUUUUUCCCUCCCCCGCCGACCGAAUCGGAGCUCUUCCCUCCCCCGCCUCACCCCUCUGAGUUCCAUCACCCUCCCAAGGUCGCCGUUGUGAAUCCCCAGCCUCAGAUGCAGCCUCCUCCACAGUCUGCAACAUCCUCUUUCUCCUCGUCGUCAUGGAAGCAAGGCUCACUGAAAAAGGGGGCGGUGCCUCCUCCGGCAAUGAACCGGCGCAGUAGCAACACGGCUCAGUACGACACCACCAUGUCACUGCCUCUCUCGCCUCCACCCCUGUCCCAAACCCCACCCCCCUCCCUCUCGUCCUACUCCUCCUCCUCCUCCCCCAUCCCCCCUACCUCCCCAAAGUCAGCAGGGCCUGCCUCUCUGGCCUUCAAGCCUCACUUCCUGGAGGACCUGAACCGCACGCUGAAGAGGAAGUCAGUGUCGCGCCACGGCUCGCUCACCUCCUCCCACCUUAUCCCCUCCUCCAAGAUGGAGCCCGUGGGCACAAUGGACGACAUGGCGCUCCUGCCGCCUCCCCCCCCAGAGCUCCUGCCGCAACAGCAUCAGCAGGGGGUCCGGGGACACUCCCACACCCUGUCGCGGCACCACGGGCGCUCCCAAUCGGCCAAACAUGGCAACAUCUCAGGCUAUGCAACGCUGCGGCGAGGCCCGCCUCCCGCCCCUCCCAAACGGGACCAAAGCACCAAACUGACCAGUGAGUGGUAGGAGGCGGUGACUCUGACUGUAGCUCAUUGACCAAUCAGGUCCCGUUGUUCCUGCGGAGAGGAAAAACACCUGUCUCUUCUCGGUCUCCUUCGGACUCUAAGCAAGUGGCGAAGCUACUCCUAAUCUCAGAUUAAUCCUCAUUAUUCCCAUGGUUACAUGUUUAAUCCAACAUGAGUAACAAUUUAAAUAUAUAAAUAUGUAUAUGUAUAUAGUUAGCAAGACAGAAAAUCACCCCUCCAGCUUUUUUUCACAUCUGUGCAGCUUUGCAUUGAAACAUAUGAAAGACUUGAAGUGACGUUUAGCUGCGAUGUACCAGGUACUGCAUGAACCGAGGAGUCAGGGCAAAGAACCACGGAGGAGGAAGGUCGAUGAUGAUGAUGAUGUGUAUAGAAGUGUAUAUUGUGAGAGGUGAGGGGGGAAGUGUGUGCGUGUAGGGGAGGGGCAAUCCUAGAGGGAGCAUUGCCAUUUCUUCCACCCUGUUUUUUUUUUUUUGCGUGUUUUUUAUAUCAAAUUAUUUAAUACUGGAAAAAUAUUGUAAUAAUUAUUUUGAAUUUUAAAAAGUGGAAGAGGAAAAUGAGUGUGACUGGA